UUGAAUUCAGUUGAAUGGUGGUGUGGACCAACCGUGGUCUACAUUGCUGCUUUUGAAAAACACAGAUGUGUGCUGUAUCUAGAAGAAACCAGUGGUGAGUCUACUUCUAAAUGCUGCUUGCGGCCUUUUUCAGACGGAAUAUUUUUGUCGUUACGGAUGUAUUUUCUACUUUUGCUGCUGGGGAACGUGUGCAUUGUAGGCAGGAGUAAAUCAGGUGCUGAAAUUGCACGAUAUGAACCCUCUUGGGAGUCGUUAGACGCUAGACCAAUUCCUAAAUGGUACAACGAGGCGAAGUUGGGUAUAUUCACUCAUUGGGGGGUAUAUUCUGUUCCUGCAUUUAGGUCCGAGUGGAUAUGGUAUUACUGGAAAGGUCCGCAUCCUGACAGGGACGUGGAAAAUUAUAUCGAAAAGAAUUUUGGGUCUGGGGCAACGUAUGCAGAAUUUGCUUCCAAGAGGGGAAAUUACGAUUGUGGAAAGAUUGGAAAGAAAAUAAAUGUUCCGUUGCCUACCCCAGUCUCAAAGAUCGUUUGGAAUCACCGUAAAUUUAUUGCAGUAUUACGAAGCAUAUUCCGAAGAAAUGAGCUUGAGAAUUAG